AUCUGUCGGUGACGGAAAGUGACGGUAUGAUACCUCUUUGGUCUCUCAGUGCGUUGCGAGAGAGAGAGAGAGAGAGAGAGAGCAGUGAAGGAUAAGAUGAGCACUUCCUCUGCUUCUUCGUCUUCAACUCUAACCCAUACGAGCAUUAUCUGUUCCUUAUAUUGCACGUACAUAUUAUUUUUCCUAGAGUUGGCGGUAAAUGCAGAGGGUUUUGAUUCUCUGGUGCAGUCACCGCACUUGAGAAACCCUUCCAGGUCGAAGACGAAGAAGAUGACCUUUUCUGUCAAUGAUUACGGCUCACAAGGCGAUGGUGUCAACGAUGACACCCAGCCUCCACACUGGAGAAACUCUUCCAGAUCGAAGACAAAGAAAGUAACGUUUUAUGUCAGUAAUUAUGGUGCAAAAGGAGAUGGUGUCAAUGAUGACACCCGGGCUUUCAAAAAUGUUUGGAAGGCAGCUUGUUCUUUCUCAUCACGGUCAAAGGUGGUAAUUUUAGUCAGGAACACCCACUUGGUGCAACCUGUUGAUUUUGGUGGCCCCUGCCAAUCAAAAUUGACAUUGAAGAUCUCUGGUACUAUUGUUGCUCCCAGAGACCCUGAUGCUUGGCAUGGCUUGAAUCCACAAAAAUGGCUUUAUUUCCAUGGGGUAAACCACCUGACUGUAGGGGGGAAAGGAGUAAUUGAUGGGAGGGGACAAGAAUGGUGGGCUCGGUCUUGCAAGAUCCACAAAUCAAACCCAUGUCAGCGUGCUCCAACGGCCUUGACUUUUCAUCGGUGCAAACAUGUGAAUGUUAGAGACCUUGUGAUGGUAAAUAGUCAAAAAAUGCACUUGGCAUUUACAAAUUGUGUUUUUGUUGUGGCAUCCCAUCUAAGAGUGCUGGCACCUGGCUGGAGCCCCAACACAGAUGGUAUCCACAUUAGCUCAUCUGCUCAUGUAGAAGUCAAGGAUAGUAAUAUUAGAACAGGAGAUGAUUGCAUUUCUAUAGUUGGCAACUCUUCAGUGAUUCGAAUUAGAAGAAUUUCAUGUGGCCCAGGCCAUGGCAUAAGCAUUGGGAGCUUGGGAAAGUCAAACUCAUAUGUGCAGGUGCAUGAUGUUAGAGUUGAUGGGGCAUUUCUGUCCAACACUGAAAAUGGGAUGAGGAUCAAAACGUGGCAGGGAGGUAGUGGUUUGGUCUCCAAUAUUGCUUUUCAGAAUGCUUGGAUGAAGAAUGUCUCAAAUCCCAUAAUUAUCAACCAAUACUACUGUGAUUCGCAAGUUCCAUGCCAAAAUAAGAGUUUGGCAGUAAAAGUGGAGGAUAUAUCCUUCAUGGGCAUCAAAGGAACAUCGGCUACAGAGGAAGCUAUUAAAUUCGCUUGCAGCGAUACCUUCCCAUGUGAAGGGUUAUAUUUAGAAGACAUUCAUCUUGUCUUGUACUCGAGCGGACCUGUAAGAUCCUUUUGCUGGGAAGCUCAAGGCUCAAGUGCUGGUCUGGUAUUGCCCCAGCCUUGCUUCUCAUCCUGUCAAGGCGAGAUUUGCCAGAAAGUUUUGUAUAGCUCUAUUCUUCAGUCCAUCUGAAUUUGGUUAUGCUUCUCCAAGGUCAAUUCAACCAAAUGUCUUGCGCUCUUAUCUGUGUGCUAUUUUGACCUACAAUUGCCACCGAUAUGGAGUCGUGUUUAAAUUGCAUUGAUCACCCUUACGUUUUCAUAAAAAUAGCAUAGAUCUCUUUUGAGAUUAAUUACCAUGCAACACACAUCCUUUGUCAUUAAGUAAAAUUAGUUAAUUUCGUAAAAUGGCUGAUGAAAUCUCAAGAUCAAAGAGGGUUCGCAAGACAAUUGUUAUAGCUAUAAACAUUGUAUGGUAGAUUCUAUGGAGACAAUCAAGGAAGAUAACAGAGCAAUCAAAGAGGGCUGGCAAGAUAGUUGUUAUAACUGUAAACAUUAAUUAUAAAUGGCAGAUUCUAUGGAGUCAAUCAAUGUGACUUUUGUAUUAAUUAGAAUGACUUUUGUAUAUGAGUUGUAAUUAGAAUGACUUUUGUAUUUUUUUUUCAUUUUGUUUAAGAUUUAUAA